GAGAAUUCAGAAAUUGAGAAUGAGGCCACUCAAAUGGCGUUUUCUACUGCGCAAUUUGAUAACUGACCUCAAGUGUUUAUUUCCUUCCAAGAUUGAAAAUGUCGUGGAAUCCCUUCAAUAAAUUAAUAGCACCUAGGAAGUCGAUUUCAAAGCCUUCUGAAGACAAUGAAUUUGAGGAAAGAUUACAAGAUAUUGUGCAGAUGGAACAGACCCUGAAGAGAAUGCACAAGGACACCAAAAAGUUCAUGGAUUCUAGCUCAAGCUUGGCAAAGUUGGAACAAAAAAUGGUCACCGACCUGUAUAAUAGCUCUAAGUUGAUUAAGGACGCAGAUGAACUUGAAAGCCAUGCAGAAAAACUGAAGAACAUCUGCAACGAAACUGAAAACUCCCAACAACAGCGUGAUGUAAUCACUAGGUCAACAUUUGUUAAGCCAUUAAAAGGCCUAAAUGAGAAAUUCGCUUGUAUACACUCGGCAGUUAAACGAAAAGAUCAAAGUCAACAAGAUUACGUGAAAUAUUUAGCAAAGAGGGACAAGCUUGCAAAAGAUCCAAGUACUUCGCAAUCUGGAAAGUAUGAAGCAAACGAAAAGUACCUUGAAAGAACAAAAACCGACUUUGAGAGGCGAACAAAGCAACUUCAUGAAGAUCUUCCAAGAUUCUAUUCUGAAGCUGUAAACUAUUUUGACCCAUGCUUCAAAGCAUUUUUGCAAGGUGAACUUAACCAUAACGAAAAAGGAAAAUUGUUGUAUGAUGAGCUUGCAAAGGAUUUCAAAGUUCCCAAUGACAUGACUGUGGAAGAGUUUAAUUCACAAGUUGACAAGAUGCUUGAAGAAAUAAAAACUAUUUCCAUAGUCAAAGCUACUUAAAUAUAAACACUCAAUUUAUUUCAUUGCAGAGUUAAAAAAUAUUUGGUAGAAUUUGUUACACUCAUUUAUAUAAAAAAGAAUCUUUAAUGAGGAAAUACCUUUUCAAGUCUUAACUUUCAGGGAAUGGGAGGCCAAAAUUUCUUAUUAUUUUGACAAAUUUUCCAAGCAAACUAUUUGAGCCAAUAAUUAUUGCAAAAAUUUUUUUGGGCUAUUCAACUUUAAAUCAACAACUCCAAGUCUUCUGUUGAAGUAACAUUCAUAGCUCAAAAAAGAAAAUUUUUGGCUAGAUGUUAGUUGCUGUAAAGCAAUUAUAGGGAUAGGCUUCCCCUAAGAAACAUUGCCUGAUAAAAUGCUCUUAAGAGCAAACAAAACUUUUUCCGUAGAAUCAUUGAAAAGCAAAGUAACCAUUCUUACUUAACAAUGGUGUACAUUUGCAUUCUUUUUACAAUAAACAGAUAUUUUACUUGAACUUUGAAACAUAAGAUGAUAAAUAUUUUAUCAACACAUUUGUUGCUCUUUUAAUCAUAAAAAUAUGGAAAAUUUAUUUAGAAUAGCAAAAUAACUGAAACAUCCCUUUAAUAGCUCCCCCCCCCCUUCAUUGUUUGGAGUUAUUAAUAAUGAGCAUAUUAAGAUUGAAGUAAUAUUUUAUAUGUUUUUCAAGUUUUCUUGUAGUAAAGUAAAAAUUAGAAGGUUAAAAGUGUAAAAUUAGAAGGUAUUAAAGUGUAAGAUUAGCUUUUCCACUAAUGAAUCAGUUCAUAUUAUUGUAAUAUAUGUACAAAUCAUAUUAGAUAUUUUCCGAAA